AUGUUGGAAACGAGGACGCUUCGAGAGCAGCGCGAAACCGAGGACUUGUGUGUGCCCUUACUUGAGCAAGAGGAUAAUCCCGAGCUGUUUGUGUUUUUCAGAGACAAACAUGUCAAGUUUCUUAGAGGGAUGCUGGGCAAUUUGUCCUCGGGGUUCAUUUCUCUUGACGCUUCCCGUCCAUGGAUGGUGUUUUGGGCAGUCAAUGGGCUGGCGCUUAUGGGAGUAGACACAAGUGAAUUGAGAGGUGAAAUUGAGGCGACUCUUCUCAAGUGCCAGCAUCCGGAUGGUGGGUUUGGUGGUGGAUUCGGUCAGCCCGCCCAUUUGGCUUGCACUUAUGCUUCCAUUAUGGCUCUUGCGCACACCUCUCCCGCAGCAUGGAGCAAGAUUGACAGAAAAAAGUUAUGCGAGUGGCUGUUAACCCUGAAACAACCCGAUGGGUCUUUCAAAAUGUGUCUGCACGGUGAAACCGACCCUCGAGCUACGUACUGCGCGCUCUCUGUUGCAUCAAUUCUGAAAAUUAUGGACAAAAAGCUAACUGAAAAUGUUGCUACUUACAUUAAAACUUGUCAAACCUACGAAGGGGGCUUUGGAAACCAGCCUCUAGCCGAAGCGCACGGAGGCUAUGCGUUUUGUGCUUUGGCCACACUGCAUCUUAUCCCCGACUUGAACAUUGCUGAAACAAUUGACUUGCCUGGUUUUAUUUCCUGGCUAGUCGCCCGUCAGCAGCACGUGGUUCCUGGGUUCAGCGGGCGGAUUAACAAACUGGUCGACGGGUGUUACGGCCACUGGGUGGGCGGCUGUUGGGCAUUGGUGGAGUCAAUUGACGAAGGAAUCACCGAGCUGUGGGACAGAGACGGACUGCAAAGCUAUAACUUGAUGUGCUGUCAGGCUGACCGUGGGGGCCUGCGAGAUAAACCGGGGUGCGGACCAGAUAGCUAUCAUACCAACUACGUGUUAUGCGGGUUGGCUGCCUGCCAAUAUGCCUACAGCAACCCUGGCAAAUGGCAGCCAACUGCCCAAUGCACACCCAGCGUCCUGCCUCUGCACCCUGUCUAUGGCCUACCGCUAACUACCGCUAACCGCGCUGACGGGUGGACUUAG